AUGUUACAGUACCCCUUUUUCCUGAUCGUCCGCCACCUAGUGAUCAUCAACAAUAUACACCUAAUAGCCCAGGCGACCCUGGUGCUCCCAUUGAUGGUGAUCGUCUACACCGAGGAGACGAACGGGAUCUUUUAUCUCUGGAGUACAAUUGGGACGCAAGUCACAAAGUUCACCGAAGAAGCCGUCGUCUAUUUCACCCUAUUAAUGGCCAUGAAUCGGCUGUCGAUAUUUGUCCUGCCACGAUUUGUCGUGUAUUUUGAGGGCACUAAACUACGCAUUACAAUCUGGACGACUUGGGGCUUUGUUCUGCUCCACGUUGGCGUCCGGUUUCUGGUUUCGAUGAUCAUCCUCGGGUUGCCGGAAUAUAAUGAUACGCUAACACGAUUCCGGGAGCUACUAUCGACGGUCAAUCUUCAACUUGUUGGCCUUCAUCAUUCCUUGUUUCGUCUUUUUGAUCUAUUGCCAGCUCGCCUGGGUGCUACACUC